AGCCAAGGUCGACCUCGUCCUAUCUCCCUGUGUCUUUGGCUCGCAGACGUAGCCGAAAGGGUGCGAUGCCGCGCGUGAGGUGGAGGCACAGGAAGGUCCAGGAGCCGGCGAGGGUCUGGCUGUGAGCGUCGGGGAUCUUCCUAAGGAUGGACUCCCGGCCGAAGAUCGAGAUCGUGCGCGUGCCGUCGACCGAGCGAGGCAACUUCCGGCCGCUGGACGGCGUCCAGCUGAGGGCGGCCUACAGUCACGUGCGCGUCGGUACUUACUGUACGGAGCCGGAGCUCGAGAACGAGCAUGAGACCCCGAGGAGGAUCGACGAGGUCAAGCCGCCCCACGAGCAGUCGCGGAAGUAUAAGAAGAACUUGGGACCAGUAUCAAGACUGCUUCGACGUCGUCCUCAUACGACGAGCCUUGCAACCAAGUCCUGUGAUAACAUUUAUAGCGUCAAUAAGAAUAAUGGCUUCUUCGAAUGGAAACAUGGAUUCAGCUGUCACGAUCAAGCUCUGCAUACGAGACAAAGCAAUAGCUUAGAUUGGCGAGUGGGACGGAGCAUUGAGAGGAGUUCGAAUAAUUUGGAGUACCAGAAAGGGUCUCGUAGCGCUGAACAGCUGUCGAGAAAUGUCAAUCAGCAAACUCCGAGUGCAAAGAUGUUUCCAUCACGAAAAAUGUGGCGCAGGUCGAAGAUCGUGUCGCUGCUGCGUCGGCUCUCGCCUCGAUUGCCGCGACCCGGCAGCAAGACCUCGAUGCCGCCCUCCCCGAACAACGGCUGUCACUGGCUACAGGUCGAGUACUCAAGCCCAGGGAUGAACGAGGCCAACGAGGAGCCAAGACUGCCCCAGGACCAGGAAGGCGACUGGAGCUACCAGCGCGAGCUACAGCUCAACGAGGUGCGCAAACGAGCGAUCGAGACGUCAAAGUCGAGGCGAGACAAAGUAAGCGAUAGGACAGUAAUAUCGAAAGAAAAGAAAAGUCCACAGGCACAUGCGCAGCUAAAUGUACAAAUUCAACAAGCACCACAGGAUUUGAAUUCGAGUCGCCGAGCCGUGCACGAGGAGCGGCGGGGCUCGUCGGAGGAGCGCCGGCCCGGGGCCAGCGGGGAGGACCCUGGGCCCGUGGCCACCCCGAGGACCGGCGGCAGACGAUCGCGGCCCCACUCCCUGGCGGUGCAGCCGCUCAAUUACCAGCGUCUCGAUCCCGAGCAGCUGCCCGAGCAACCCGUGGACGGGAGGAGGCCGCCCGCGGCCAAGCACCACCCGAGCAUGACCAGCCAGGAGAGCAUCGGCAGCUGCAGCCUCGACGUCGAGAGAUCCGUCUCUGACCGAUCAGAUUUCGCAAACGCGGGCUCGCCCUCGGAGAAGACGCUCUAUAGCCUGACCCUCUCGUGCAACGGCGAGGGGACGAAAUCGUCGGAGGAGGAGCGGCCGGUGGACAAUGAGCACGCGGACAGCGAUGCGCAGGAGCAGCUAACGGCGACGAAGAAGCCAAGCUACCUGGGCUUAGCUUGCAGCAUAAGCGGCUACAGCGGGAUCACGAGGUACGACAGCAAGCUACGCGAGGGCUUCAGAUCGAGGGACAGCAGCCCCGGCGCUAGGCUCAUCACCAGGGAGACGAGCCCGGCCGGUUUCAGGUCUAACGAGACGCUGAACGUCGGGUCGCAGGGUAAUCCGCCCAAGAGCCAAUCGAUAUCGCCAUUAGCGAUGGAGCGCCACCAUAAUGGCUUCGCCAACGGGCUGCGGGACAAGUGCAAGAUCGAGAACUACCUGAACUCGGGGCGGGGCAUUAAGACCUGCCAGGGCUAUUCGGAGGUCGACAGGGCAUCUUCGGGAACGACGAUGGCGACGACGCGACACAGCAGCGACGGCUUUGCCGAGCGACAGCUCAGUCCCGUUUGCGCCAUCUCGUCGAACAAGAGGAAUAGCCCCGUGGGGCUGCGCAUCGCCGCUUACAACCAGCAGAACAAGAAUUGCUCCACGAGAAUAUCGAGCUCAUCACCGAAAUCCGUCAACUUUAAUGUAUCACACACCUCGAGCUUCGAUGGGAGUCUGAUUAAUGGCUCCACGGACCCGGAUAGCUGUCAACUGAAUUCGUCGUCGGUGACGGCAAGCAGCGAGAAAUCCUUCAUCCAGCAGCGCGUGGAGCGACUAUACGGCCCAGGUGCACUUGCGCAAGGCUUCUUCUUUAAGCGCAGCGGCGCCAACAAGCUGGACUCGAGCGACACCUCCAACAAAUCUAGUAAUAACAAUAAUACCUCCUUAGACGAUACGACUGCGGAAGAGUCUCUUAAGAGUCUGCCCGUGCUGAGACACCUGCGACCGGAGUUCCGCGCGCAGCUGCCGGUCGUUAGCCCGAGGAGGCCCACCGACGGUACCGAACAAAUAAUCAAACCACUGAAAAGGAUUUCACUUACACCUGAAAUAAACAAUGCCAAAGAAACAACAAUCAGUCUAAUAAAGAAGGAAAGCAAAGCGACGAUCGAUUCGAAAAUGACAGCGAGCGUAACGAGCCUGACAGAUCAGCAACCCGCAGCUCCCAAAGUCGUUUUACCAGUUCUCGAGCCCAGUGCAAGCUUGACUAAUAUUCCAAAACAUGGCGCUGAAACGCCCCAUGAAGUUCAAGACAAAGACGGACAUUAUUUCAUGAGUCUAUUGAAUAAAGAAAGAGAAAGACUGAUUUCAUUGGCCGUAGAAGUUGAAUCGGAACUUUCCAGAAGUAUACCAUCGACUCUUCCAGAAGAAGCUGCUGGCAAGUUAAGGUCUGCUGCGGGAAAAGCAAGAUUAUUAGCAUCACAGAAGAUGAAACAAUUUGAAGGACUAUGUCAAAAAAAUAUCAAUCAAGUGCCUGGUGAGGAAUUUCCAACAACAAGCGAGGAUCUUGCAGGAUUUUGGGAUAUGGUCAUGCUACAAGUUGUCCAAGUCAAUAAUUUAUUUGAACAAAUCGAUCGUUCAAGAAAGUUACAAUGGCAAGAGGACGUAGCAGAAGAGCAGUCGCCGCCGGCAACACCGCAGAAUGGCAACGCUACAAAACGACGUCCAACUCAAAUUUCAAAAGUCAAAUCGAGCACAAAUAGCGAAGUGGCGCGUAAGGCGCGCGAGUCACGAGAACGACAUCGACGACAAUUGAUCGAAGAAAGAAGACGCGCUAUGCGAUCAAACGCCAACAAGUCCGAGAAUUCUGUGGAAAUCUUCGUUCCGGAAACGUAACGAAAAUCAUCGUUAUCUAAGCAUAAAUAAGGUUCUCCCCUCCCAUGCGUUAAAAUAAUUUGAUUAUUAGAAAUAUCCUCGGAUAAUGCAUAAAUUUUCAAAUGCUCGUCAUCUCUUUGUCAAUAUCCGAUACUCUAGACUUUACUAAGCAUUCGAGAAUUUACUAAUGGCAAACUUUAGCAAAUAUUGUAAGUACGAUUUACAGUUAAUCCACUCAAACUAAAUUGACAUGCUGAUAACUUGUAGCAUUGGUAGUUAAUAAUAGUCAUCGCAAGACAUCGAGUUUUUUAGGCGAAAGAUAAUUUACCAGAAAUUUUUUUAAGAUUUAAAUUAGACCUGUAAAUAUUUUUGAUAUGCAAAGACGUCACUAUACAUUUGGUCGAAUCAAAUUCUGAUAAUUUGAUUCUCGCUUUAUUGUAUAUUUUGUUCACAUGAUUAUACGGAAUACAAUAUUUAUAAUAUUACAAAGAACUUUUCGUUUAUUGAAAUAUGGCAUUAAUUUAUUAGUACAGAUAUUUAUAUGUGCGUGUGUACAUCAUAACGCGAAGACUGGAGAAACAGUAAAAUGAGACUGAUCGUUUCUU